GCGCGAAAUGUGGUCGAAGUGAACGCCAGUCAGGAACUGGACUUCGACGGCGUCAAAGUGGUCGCCCAGACGGCGGCCGACGUCUGCGACUUUUGGCGCAAUUUCGCCGCAAUCGUCGACUACAUAAAGAGCGUGCGAAGACUGCGCUUCGGAUCCAUUCCGACGUUCGUUGUGGAGGAAGUGGUGAACUCCGCGGUCACCGAAAACCCGUACAAUUCGUUCCACAAUUUGGAGCACUUGUCGAUUAGGAACUGUUUCGACGAAGACUCGGAACACAAACACUGUUCGCUGCACUUCCUCUCUGACCUCCAGGCGCUGCGAUCGCUCCGCCAUCUCGUCGUCAACUCCAAGAACGGCUUCGUCGGCGACAACGACACCGUCGCCCUUCUGUCGCACGUCUUCGCGCAGAUGGAACUCCAGACUCUCGUUCUGACGUCACUCAAGGACUUUUCGUCCGAAGACUUUGUGUUUCUGCGCUCUUUGCGACACAUCCAACACCUCGAGAUCGGCAGUUGUCACCAAUGGUUCCAGAAGGAGGACAAGGAGGCGCCCCCUGAAGAGGAGGCGCCGCCGAGUGGGGAUCUGAGCGGCGCUUUUCUCUACCUCUCGGAACUGCAAAGUCUGCGCGUUCUGCGAUUGGUUGACCUCUCGAUCGACGACUCCUCCCACACGCUGCCGAAGACAUUGGAAGCGCUGUCUUCGUUGGAGUCGCUGACAAUCGACAACUUGCGAGUCGACGCCUCCGGUCUGGACGUGUUGUCCUCAUUGGUGGAAGUGUUGCGGUCUCUCCGCGUGCGCUCUUUCGCGCUCUCGACCGACGACUCGCUUUCGAACCGCUUUUGUUGCGACCAUUUGUUGAAGAAGUUGGACGCAUGCGCGCGACUCGAGUGGAAAGUCGGCGUUUUGGUCGAAGACAGCGGCGAGUGUUUCGUUCCGUUCGCGCGCGAAGAGGCGGAGGGGGCGGGCGAGGAGGCGGACGCGGAGUCGGGGGGCGGAGUCGACGCUGAUGUCAAAUACAUGGACUUAACGUUUUUGAAUGAAUUAAUUCAGUCGGAGUUAAGCCACGCCUCCAUUGAAAUCAUUCCCCAAUGAGAGCGCGAUAUUUAUUGUCAAUAAAAACAUAACAAACAAAUCAAAGA